AAGGGCAGUCUGUCGACAGGGGGAUGUAGGGGACCUCUUUCUGGUGUGUUCCUCUGAUUUACAACAGAUUUUGGCCAUUUUCUAUUUUCAUUUAUCUCUCAUAGGAUGAGGUCAGUAAUAGACCCAGAGCCCUCUUUCACACUUCACUCUAUCCUUAUAAUAUAUUGUCCUCCUAAUUUCAGUAUCUAUCCUCUUCUAAAGCCAUUCUUUCCAGUCUAGUUAGAAAAUGGCCGAUACUAAACUAUCGCUCCUCCACAUCUUGCUUCUGUCAUUCAUCAGCUUUCUUCUUGCAGCAUCUGCUAUACAAGGAUCAAGAACUCAAAUGGGGCAAUCUUAUCAUCUCAAUUCACUCCAUUUGAAGGGGAAACUCCAAGAAGAAGGAAAGGAGAACAGGAACUCAAGGAGGCUAAUGAUAGGAUCUACCAGACCGACUUGCACUUACAAUGAAUGCAGAGGAUGCAAGUACAGAUGCAGAGCAGAGCAAGUCCCAGUCGAAGGCAACGACCCAAUUAAUAGUGCAUACCACUACAGAUGUGUCUGUCAUAGGUAAUGCGUGAAAAUUUCUCCGUGCUUUCGGAGUUUCAUUCUUGUUUAGUUCUCGCCGGGUUUGGACCCAGCAAUUAGAAGCAGUUGUCAAAAAUCUUAGAGUAAAAAAAAAAAAAAAAAAAAAAGAACCAUGUCCUGUUUGUUCCUCUUAUGCCAAGUCUAUUAUUUCGUCUUGCCCGUUUGAUCACUUCAAUUCAGCCGUUCAUCAUCCUAAUUUUGAAUGUUUGUUGCAUAUCAAAGAGACACUUCCAAUAUUCCCUUUUUCCAUUAUCAGAAAGUGUUGCUGAGAA